AUGAUUUUUGCUGAUCGGCCAACGGUUAGAUCAAACACAACACCUACCAGAGAUGAAUCUCAAACAGGACUUGUUUCUGAAAUGGCAGACCUUGUUAUUGAGACACCGUCUGAGACUAAAUCAACUAUAGAAACUCACAAACCACGACUACACUGGCAAGUUGGUCCCUCUAAAAAAAUACCAAAGAGCGAUAAUUUUACCCAGAAAGUCCACGUCUGGGAUGAAACUAUGAGCGGAGUAGCGAAUAAAGAGUCCAUAAGACACUGUAUGCUCUCACAGAACACUCCUGUCAGAAACAUUAAAAACAUCACGGAAAAGGAUGAGCGUGUGCUACUUAACGUCGGCGGUGUCCGACAUGAAACACACGUCAGUACCUUAAAGAACGUCCCUGGCUCCAGACUGGCCCGUUUAGCUGACCUUCAUCGAAUUAGUAACCGAGGAAAACAUGAAUACUUUUUUGACCGGCACCCAGCAGUUUUCAACUCGGUUAUUGAUUUUUACAGAACAGGGGAGCUUCAUGUCCCUCUGGAAGUCUGUGGGGCAGUGGUCAAGAGAGAACUAGAUUUUUGGCAGAUAGAAGAGCUGCAGAUAAAGGCAUGUUGUUGGCGUCACUACAGAUCUUACAUCGAGAACGAACGCAUUCUGAACUCCUUCGACAGAAGCUUGGAACGCGAGCAAAUUAAAAUUGACCUUGGCAAUCUGCAAGGGUGGAAACUAAUGCAAAUGAAAUUAUGGCUCAUAAUGGAUCGUCCAAGAACUUCGAAGUAUGCCAUGAUGUACGGCGUCACUUCGUUUCUGUUUGUGACAGCUUCCAUUGCCGGCUUCUGUUUGGAGACAUUGCCAGAACUGAGAACUAAAAUAACCCAGAACACAACAUUUAUGGCCAGUUGCAAUGGCGAUAGCAGUAAACUCCAUGUUGUUCUAGCAUCUAAUAAAGCUCUAAGUGUACUAGAUUUCAUCUGCACCGUCUUCUUUUCUCUAGAGCUUGUGAUGAGAUUUUUGGUUUCUCCGUGGAAAAUCAAGUUUAUUAGAAGUCCUAUGAACAUCAUAGACUUACUAGCGUUAGUACCACUGUAUGUGCAGGUAAUCUUCGAGCAGUCAGACCUUCAUUCCUGCUAUAUGAAUGAGCGUUUUGUUAUAGAGAUCAUGUUCAUCCUUCGAAUUUUUCGCAUGUUUCGCAUCUUCCACCUAGUCAAACAUUACCAGGCCCUCAAAGUGUUAGUCUAUGCCCUUAGAGCCAGCUUGAAGGAACUAAUGAUGCUUUUUAUUUUUCUCUUGAUAGCAACGCUUAUUUUUGCUACAGUCAUUUACUAUGCUGAACGCACCGCAAGCGAGGAAAGCAUUACACAUUUUAAUACUAUACCUAUUGGCUUCUGGUGGGCUAUUACUACAAUGACGACUGUGGGAUAUGGUGAUAUUACCCCCAAAACCCCUGUAGGUUACAUAGUGGGUACGGCCUGUGCAGUUUGUGGAGUACUUCUUGUGGCCCUAACAUUCCCUGUGAUUUCUAAUAAUUUUACAUUAUUCUAUGAACACGUUCGUUCUCGGUCACUUUCACCUAGAGUUAAAAAAAUAGGCGUUGAAGAAAUAGUGAAUGGUUAUAAUGACAGUAUGUUUCCCCUGGAUGGGCUGUCGGAUUAUGGAUCUGUCUCUCAGAGCACGCAUAAUUUACAUUCCACAGAUGAAGCAUGUAAAAGUAGGGUGAAUACGGCUAUGAAUGGUAUGACCAAAAACUACACGCAGGACGAAGAUAUCACAAGCCAUAAAUCGUAUGUCCCUCUAGCAAAAUUUUGCGAUACAUCCUCUAUGAUGGAUAUCAUAUUUCAAGAACCAACAGAUGAUUUGUAA